AUGUCUACUGGUUCAUCAGCCAGUAGUAAUAAUGCUCCAAUUCUACCUAUGUAUGAUAAAACUCCUUUAUCUAAUUUACUUGAAGCAGCUGUACAAAAAACUUAUCAUGAACUAUAUACAAUGGCAGAUGUUUUACCAAGUAAAACAAAUAUCGAACGAAAAAAAGAAUUAGUCAAAUUUGCUUGUCGUGCUCGUCAAUUAUUUAUACGCAUUUUAGCUGUCGUUAAAUGGGCAGCAACAGCUGGAAAAGUCAAUGCAUGCGAGGAUAUACAAAACUUUUUGGAAGGUCGCAAUAGAGUUGUACGUGAAACAUCAGAUUUAUUAGCACAAUUAGCACGUGAAAGACUUCUUGAUGCAAGAUUACCAAAUUAUCCUAUAACAGAUGCUGUUGAUGCAUUAACAUUAGGUUCAGUUAAUUAUUUACCUGAACGAAUAUCGGAAGCAACAACUCCUUUUAUACCAGCGACUGAUAUUGAACGUCAAGAAAUUUUACCACGUCUUCAACAAAUUCUUACAGCAAGAGUAGCUAUCGCAGAAUUGCCUAUUCAAUUUACAAGUGUUACAAUAAGAAAUGGAAUAGUCACACUAGCUGUUGAUGGUGAAUUUGAAGUUAAAUUAGGUAUAACAAGUGAUAAUCUAUUUGCUCCAUGGCAUGUUUAUAAAACAAAAUUGUUUUUACGUGAUCCAGAAGAACCAGAACAAGAACUUGUUCAUGCUGUACAAAUGCAAACAUUAACCAAUUAUAUUCAAAGUUGGCUUAUCGAAUCCGAAAAUCCGUUAGUUGAACUCUAUCGAUAUUUACAUUAUUAUUGUCAAUCAUUACGUUUACAAGUUUUAUAUGAACAAGCUCAUAGAAUACGUAAUCGAAGUGCAAAACAAAAGCAUUUACAUAUAUCAAGUUAUAUCCCAUGUAAAAGUUUUAAUAUUGAAUAUUGGAAGGAAUAUAAUCUAAAUAAUCAACAAAAAAAGACAACAAUAAAUGAAAAAAAUCGAGAUAUUGGUAUGACUAUUGUAUGUGAUGAUGAUGGAAAAUUUCAAAUAAUUCAUUGGCCACCAUUACCUGUUGAGGAUAGCGUCGCAAUUUUACAAAUUUUAGAAAAAUCAACAUUUACUAUGGAAGAAAUUCUUAAUCGAACAAUCUAUGCACGAUGUCAACGUCGAUUUGAAGAAUUAAAAGAAACUAUUCUAUCAACAACUUCUGCAAAUAUUGAAAUUGAUUCAUCAAUUCCUGUAUUAAAAUGCGAAUUAUUACCGGAAAGUACAUCCGAAGAAAUUUUAUUUAUUUCCAUAAGUCCAUUUUCGGGUUUAUAUAAAAUUGUUUCAUAUAUGGAAUCUCGUUUUUGUCUACAAAUUGAACAUGCACUCAAUCGUGAUCAAGGAAAUUUAAUUGAUGCGAUUAAUUUAUUUAAAAUUUGGUUAAUUCAACAACGUAUUCCAUCUCUUCUUGCUCAUCUUAAUUGUCGUGUUUUCACACGUUUACCAUCAUUAAAUCCAAAACAUGAAUUAAUUAUUCCUUUUCUACAUAAUAGUAUUUAUAUUGAAUUAACUCAUAAUGAAGGAUAUUAUAUUCUUGUUCAUAUAUCGAAUGUAAAUCAAUUAUUAAUUCAAUAUUAUUUAUUAAUUAUUGAAAAACGUUCAUCUGUUCAUGAUCCAUUGAUAAUUCAACAACAAAAUGUACAGUAUAAUCAACAAGCAAUAAUGGCAAAUGAUGAAAGUGCAAAAUGGAUAUUAGAACCACUUAUUUUAUGUCCAUUAGAUCCAACAGCAUUUCUAAGAAAAGAAUUAAUAGAAUUUAAAUAUCCAUUUCAUUUUGGAAAAAUGAAAGAAACAAUUGAAGACGAACAUGGAAUAAAACAAGCGAGAUCAACAUCAGUUCUUUCACUUAAAUUAUUAUUAAAAUUAGUUAAUUAUUUUGAUGAAAUGCUUACAUUUACAUUUUUAAAAGAAGAAUUUCAACGUAAAAAAACAAUAUGUAAAGGUAUUAUUUAUAGUCCAUGGACUGGUAUUCCAUAUCUUGAUAUAGUUCGAACAUCUACCGGUGAUGAUUCAUUCUCAUCAAAUACCGAACUUUCAAGUUAUAUUAAUGAAUGUUUUUGGCCUCGAAUUUCAUCAUGUACUAUUCGAUUAGCUUAUACAUUACGUGAUACAACUCAUGCCCAUAAAUAUACUGAACGACAAUGGACUUUACAAUUAAAUUUACUUGACAAUAAUUAUUUUAAUAAUUCAAUUUUAAAAACUCCAUAUAAUUCUAUUCUUGUUUGUACUUAUACCUCAGCAAAAAUGUAUUCGAAAGUAGUUGAUUAUAUUCAUAAUGAACUUCGAGCUGCAUUUGAAUUAACAUAUUUAUUUGAAAAUUAUGCAUUAUCAUUAUCAGAAUCAACUGAUCUUCGAGCAAUUGCUGAAGUAACAUCAUUUAAUUUUUUUAAAUGUAUAAUUCACUACGGACCAAAUUUUGCUUUUGCUGUCACAAUAACACAUAUUAUUAAUCAAAAUCAACAAGAUUUAAAUUCAACUAGUGGAGGAUUAUUUGAUUUACGUUUUACAACAACAAGUAAUAAAUUUUUAACAACAGCACAUCAAUUAUUAAAUGGAAAAUUAAUUCAAUUUCUAAAUCGAACACGUUCAUUAAAACAAUUUCUUCGGUUAUUACAUAUGACAACAAUUCCAAUAUCUUCUAUUGGACGAUUGAAUUGUUUUAAUCGUGCAAUUAUUUUUAUUAAUCAAGGUGCAUGUAUUCAAUCAACGUUUACAUUUGUUCCUUAUACUGAAGUUCGAUGGCGAUUAAUAUUCGGUCAAAUAUUUGCACUUGAUAUUCAAAUAUGUGGACCUAAUUUAAUACUUGUACGUGAUGGCGCAUACAGUGUACAAUUAAACAGUCUAUUACCUGAACUUUUACCAAUACCAAGACUUAAAGAUUUCUUAUCGAGAUAUGCUGAUGAUCGAGGAUUAACAUUUGAAUUUAUGCAUAUAACAGAUUGUUUUCGUGAUCGAGAUUUUCUUUUACCUGAAUUACAGUUACCUCCACCACCACCUCCAGUAUCAACAACAACAAUAACAACAAAUCCUCCAUCAAAUCGACCAUUAACUUCAGGAAAUGCACCAACUCCACAUUUAUUACAUCCUGUUGGAACACCAGCUUCAUCACUCAAUCCAUUAACACCUGCAAGUGUUGGUCCUAGUAGUCAAUCUCAAGUACAAGCGAAUUCACCAUCACAAUCAUUAAUUGCACCAAGUCCUGGUGGUUUUAUGGGAAUAAGUUCACCGAUGAUGAUGACACAAAUAGGCUCACCAAUGACUAAUACGAAUACAGCACAAUUAACAGCUCCAUCACCAAUGGGUAUUCCUACACAAUCACCAGGAAAUAUUUAUGAAAUGCCAUAUAUAAGUCCCGGAACCCGACAAUCUAGUUCAACAUUUCCCGGUUCAUUUCUUGGCCCAUCACCUGGUACACCUGCAAAUACUACCAUGACAUCUGCACCCACUCCAACAAAUACUCGAUCCGAUGAAAAUGUUACUAAACAAACAUCAACAUUACAUACUUAUAAUCGACAUAUAUAUUCUAAACAUUAUCCUGUUUAUAUGAGUCAACAAACAUUUUUUCGAAUGAUUUUUACAUCUGAUGGACAUCAAUGGUCAAAAUUAGAAUCAUUUCUUGCAUCAUCUGUUCUUGUUAGACAUUUUAAUCGUGCUGUUUCAGAACCAUAUGAUCCUAAUAAUCCAAAAGUACGUUCUGUAUCAAACGAACAAGAUACAUAUCGAAUCGAUCAUCUAUCAUUACAAAUUGCAUUUGUAUUUGAUAGUAAUACAGCAACAUAUCGAAUUCAUUUUACAUCUACUGCUGAUCCUUCAUCUCAACAACAACAACAGCAACAACAACAACAGCAACAACAACAACAACAACAAUCUAAUUUUACUUGGCAACCUGAUGAACUUCAAACAAUGGAAACAUUUUUUAAUGAUAAUUUUUUUCCUACAUCAAUAUUAUCAAGUGGAACAAAUCAAAUAAUUACGCCAACUAUGGAUAUUUUAUCGUUGGCAGCAGCAUCACAAAAUCGAAAUACAUCUAUGGGAUCAUUUGAAAAAAUGCUUUCACAUGUUCACCCACGUGUAUUACGUGAUCUUGUGAAAAUCAUUCGACUUGAACAGAAUGCUGAAAACCAUCAUGUAUGGCGAGCACGAUGGUGUUUAACAAUACCACCAGGUAAUGGUUUUUCUCAAGUUGGUCAACCCGCAAUUUAUUGUCAACCUGGUCAAGCAUCUAUUUUUAUCUUUCAAUUUAUUCCAAGAACAAAUCGAAAUGAUCUUCAAAUGUCGAAUACUAUAAAUACAUCAUCAUUUAUUGUACCAUUAACACAUGAUGUAGCAACAAAUCAAACAGCUUUAUGGGAGAGAAUUUUUAAACAAUCAUUAAUGGGUAAUGAACAAAAAUAUCACAAUAUAUCAAAAAUUCUUAUUAACUCACGUGAAACAAUUAAUAAAUAUGAAUGUUCAUUAUUUCCAACGAUUGUUGAAUUAAUAUCUUGUUUACAAAAUUCUUUAAUAUCCAAUUAUUCAUCUUGA